AUGCGGUUUCAGUUGGCAAUUGCCGCUCUUCAGGCGGCCGUUCACAUCAGCUCUGUGAAUGCGCAGAACUCUUCCUUCGGCGAAACUCAUGUUUCGCAAAUCCCCGAGGAAGAAGCUGUUGCUCUUUCACAAAUUGUUGAAGACAAUCCUGAAGACAUGUUCAAGCUCCAGAAAGACUGGGAAAGCCCGGAGUACGCUCUGAUCUACAGAGUUGCUUUGCCUAUCCCGCCGGUGAAGGAGCCUACAAGGAAGGUCAUCAGCCCCGUCACUGAGAAAGAGAUCUGGUACUAUGAGCUGGAAAUCAAGCCCUUCACCCACGCUGUCUACCCCAAUCUCCGACCUGCCACUCUGGUUGGAUAUGAUGGCAUGUCCCCUGGCCCAACGCUCAUUAUUCCUCGCGGAACUGAGUCUGUUGUGCGAUUCAUCAACAACGCUGCCCUCGGUAACUCAGUCCAUCUUCAUGGAUCAUACUCUCGGGCGGCUUUUGAUGGCUGGGCUGAGGACAUCACGAACCCUGGAGAGUACAAGGACUACUACUACCCGAACCAGCAGUCUGCUAGGUUGCUCUGGUACCACGACCAUGCCAUGCAUAUCACUGCCGAGAACGCCUACAUGGGCCAAGCUGGCGCCUAUCUUAUCAUUGACGAGGCGGAGAACGCGUUGAACUUGCCCUCUGGCUACGGCGUUUACGAUAUCCCCCUGAUUCUUACUUCCAAGCAAUAUAAUGAGGACGGAACUUUGUUCUCAACCGUUGGAGAGAAAGACAGUCUUUGGGGAGACGUCAUCCACGUCAAUGGUCAGCCGUGGCCCUUUCUCAACGUCGAGCCUCGCAAAUACCGGUUCCGCCUGUUGGAUGCAUCAGUCUCGAGGGCCUUCGCUCUUUACCUCGUCAACUCCAACGCGCCGAAUGCAAAGUUGCCAUUCCAGGUCAUUGCAGCAGAUGGCGGUCUUUUGACCAAGCCGGUGCAGGUCUCCGAUCUCUAUGUGUCUGGUGCUGAGAGAUACGAGAUUGUCAUCGACUUCUCCAAGUAUGCCGGUCAACAACUUGAGAUUCGCAACUUUCCUAAGGCCGGUGGAGUUGGUGUCGAAGACGAUUACUUGAACACGGACAAGGUCAUGAAAUUCAUCGUCGGUACGACGACCACAUCGCCUGACACUUCAAACGUCCCCGAGACCCUCCGUUCUGUGCCUUUUCCAACGUCCACUGGCAACGUCAUCGACCAUCACUUCAGAUUCCACCGCACCAACGGCGAAUGGCGCAUCAACGGUGUCGGCUUUGCAGAUACCGAGAACCGGAUGCUGGCCAACGUUCCUAGAGGUACUGUGGAGAUUUGGGAACUUGAGAACAGCUCCGGUGGCUGGUCGCACCCCAUUCACGUUCACCUCGUCGACUUCAAGGUCAUUGCACGCGCCGGAGAUCGUGGCGUCAUGCCGUACGAGGCCGAAGGUCUGAAGGAUGUGGUUUGGCUGGGCCGUGGCGAAUCAGUUCUCGUCGAGGCUCAUUACGCUCCCUGGGACGGAGUCUACAUGUUCCACUGCCACAACCUCAUCCACGAAGACAGCGACAUGAUGGCGGCAUUCAAUGUCACCACCCUUCCCGACUGGGGCUACAACGAGACUAAGUUCAUUGAUCCUAUGGAAGAGCGCUGGAGAGCGAAGCCAUACGAGAUGGCGGAUUUGCGAACUCGAGCUGGCCCCUUUUCCGAUUCGGCUAUUGAAGAGGCGGUGAAAUUCAUGGCCUCCACUGAUCCCUACAGCAAGGUGGACGAUGUGUACGACGCCCUUGAUCAAUACUGGGCGGCGCAGUAA